AUGGCAAAAAAAAUCUUAGAGAAGUUAGAUACUCUGGAUGAGCAAGCAAAGACACUCUUGGCCAUAAGAGCAAAGAAAAACUGCCUUCAGAGUGAAGUAAAGAAAAAGAUUUCAGCGAUACCCCUGACAUUUGAUUUUCAGUUGGAAUUUGAAAAGGAUAUUGCUACUUCCAUAUCUGAGGCAGAAUCAAAGAUCACAAAAGACAGAUCAUAUGGCAUUAAAAAAACAAAAAGAUAUGUCUCCUUCAAAAAUAUGCCUGAACCUAAAAAGAGUGAUUUUGAAAAGUCAAAUUUAAGACCACAGUUUGUACCAACAAAAAUAAAAAUUCAAGAAAUCAAGUCAAUAGAGCCAGUAGAAGAAUAUCUAAAAUCAAAAUCUAUUAGAUCUUUUCAUUAUCUUAAGGAUACAACUGAGGCGGAACAUGCUAAGCCCUUCCAUGAACUGUAUUCACAGCAUAGACAACAACAAUGUAGAAGAACAUUGGGUUCUACAAUCUUUUCUCCAGUACCCAGCAUUCAGUCUAAUGCUUAUAAGAAUGAAAAAGACUCUAUUUACAGUACAAAAGAAAAUAAAUCCAUCAGAAAUGAUCAAUUAAAUGAGUAUUCAGUAAGAAAGAAAAGCUUGCUCCCCUUGUGCUUUGAGGAUGAACUGAAAAAGCCAAAUGCCAAGAUAAUCGACAUUAGUCCAGCAAAGACAGCAACUUCUUACACGGAACAAAAUGAUACAAAUCCCAUAAUCUUCCAUGAGACUGGAUAUGUACAAAUGUUACUUUUGACAAAAAAUAGGCUUCCUCCCCAUUCUAUGGAAAAUGGAAGUGGUUACCCAUAUAAAAGAUCAAAUAUUGUUUUAGAAAGAAAUUGUGAAAUGCUCAAAUCUGUAGCUAGAGGUCAAUCUAUUACUCCUUCCAAACCCAAAAGAACUCUGCCUACAACACAGAAGAAAGCUAUACAAGCAGUAUCUUUUGAAGUAAGCCAUAGAGUUGUAGAUGAUAAACUAAGGAAGAAAACUAGCAAGCAGACAUUUGAAAACAUAUCUUGGAAUAAACUCUAUAACUUUCCACAGACUUUUUCCAGCCUAACAAAAAAAUUUGUGGGUUUCCUUGAUAAAACUGUUAUUCAAGAAAUGAGUGCUAAAACUGGCAAAUUUGAAAAAAUGUUUUCUACAGUAAAACCAAUGAGCAAAUUGAGUGCCUCACCUGUCAAAUAUUGCUCAAAGCCUUCAAAAAAUAUACUCAAAGUCCAUAAAAUAAAUAAUGUAACACCACUGGAUGAUUUGUUAAACUUGUCAAGUAAAAAUUAA